CAUGGCUGACAUACACAAUGUGACUGAAUUCAUUUUUCUGGGAUUUUCUCCAAAUCUGGAGGUGCAGAGAGUUUGCUUUGUGAUAUUUUUGCUCUUGUACACAGCAGUUGUGCUGGGGAAUCUCCUCAUUGUGCUCACUGUCAUGAUGAGCAGAAGUCUUGCUUCCCCCAUGUACUUUUUCCUCAGUUCCCUGUCCUUUGUGGAGAUCUGCUACUGCUCUACUACAGCUCCCAAACUUAUCUCAGACUUGCUGGCUGAAAGGAAAGCCAUAUCUCUGUGGGGCUGCAUGACACAGCUUUUCUUCAUGCACUUCUUUGGUGGCACUGAGAUUUUUCUGCUCACUGUGAUGGCUUAUGACCGCUAUGUGGCCAUCUGCAAGCCCCUCAACUACACCACCAUCAUGAACCAGCAAGUAUGUGCUGUCCUGGUGGGAAUAGCAUGGUUAGGAGGCUUUGUGCAUUCCCUUGCCCAAAUCCUCCUCAUCAUCCACUUGCCCUUCUGUGGCCCCAAUGUGAUCGACCACUAUUUCUGUGACCUGCUUCCUCUGCUCAAACUUGCCUGCUCUGACACAUUCCUCAUUGGUCUGCUGAUUGUUGCCAAUGGGGGGACCCUGUCUGUGAUCAGCUUUGUGGUUCUUCUAGCCUCCUAUGUUGUUAUCCUGUGCCAUCUGAGGACCCGAAGCUCUGAGGGGCGGUGGAAGGCCCUCUCCACCUGUGGGUCCCAUAUUACUGUGGUGAUCUUGUUCUUUGGACCCUGCAUCUUCAUCUAUCUGAGGCCUUCUACCACUCUGGCUGCAGACAAGAUGGUGGCCAUGUUCUACACAGUGAUCACCCCUCUCCUCAACCCUGUCAUCUACUCUCUGAGAAAUGCUGAAAUGAAGAAGGCCAUGAAGAAGCUGUGGAUGAGGACAAUGAAACUGGAUGAGAAAUAGAGACUGAGUAUUGGCUCCUUGGGUUUAGAAUGAUGCUGAGUCCAA